AUGAAUGAUCAUAAUUCUAAGGUUGUCCUAAUCACCGGUUGCUCGAAAGGCGGGAUCGGCUACGAAUACUGCAAGGCUUUCGCCGAGCACAAAUGCAUCGUCUUCGCAUCCGACCUCCCACAAAGGAUGCCCCAUCUCGCAUCACUAAAAUCCGAACAAAUCGAAACCCUAGAAAUCGAUGUCUCGUCAGAUGAGAGUGUCGCAGAGGCGGUAAAUUUCGUGAUAUCGCGUUGUGGCAGAAUUGAUAUUUUAGUCAACAACGCGGGAAUCGGAAGCACGGGCCCACUCGCCGAACUUUCACUAGACGAAAUUAGAAGAGCGUUCGAAAUAAACGCGUUAGGUCAAUUGAGGAUGGUUCAAAAAGUGGUGCCUCACAUGGUGAGGAGUGGUGGUGGAAUCAUAGUGAAUGUAGGUAGUGUUGUUGGGAAAGUGCCUACCCCAUGGGCGGGUUCCUAUUGUGCUAGCAAGGCCUACGUGCACGCCGUUUCGCACGCACUUCGAGUCGAGCUGACGCCGUUUAAUAUCAAGGUUAUUUUGGUCUAUCCAGGGGCAAUUAGGUCAAAUUUCGGGCAAAAUUAUACCAGCAAUCGCGAUUGGAGAAUGUAUAGGGAUUUUAAGGAGAGUAUAGCCGAGAGAGCUAGGGCGUCUCAAAGCGGUCGGUCGACAGAAGCUGACGUGUUCGCUAGGCACGUUGCGAGUAGGGUUAUGAGCUCGAGACCUCCUAAGACGAUCGCGUACGGUCACAUGACGGGGUUGUUUGACUUUCUUUCGUGGUCCCCACUCUGGGUUAGGGAUUUGUUCUUUGUCAAACGAUUUAAGUUGAACAAGAUUGUUUUGUAAUGAAUAAACAUGUUUAAUUUGCUUUUUUUUUUUAAUGUUCAUUUUAUUGUUUUAUAUGUAUUUGUUCUUCAAAGUCUCAAUUUUUAUGGGGUACAGUUGGAAGGAAAAAAGUAGUUGGGGAAGUCGUGAAACGACGACACUCUGACAAGAAAUUAAAUAUAUAUAUUUAUAUAUGUACAAAUAAUUAUAU